AAAAGUUAAUUAUUUAUACAAUAUCUUUUGUUUACAUGAAGAUACGACGCUAUCGUCAUGACGACCGCAUUGUAUUUAGAGCAUUAUCUCGACAGUCUCGAGCAUUUGCCAAUUGAAUUACAGAGGAAUUUUACACUAAUGCGUGACUUAGACGCUAGAGCUCAAGGUCUUAUGAAAGAUAUUGAUAAACUAGCAGAUGAUUACUUGAGAAAUAUGAAGAAGGAAUUGCCAGAAAAGAAAAAAGAACAACUCGCUCAUAUACAAAGUCUCUUUAACAAGGCUAAGGAAUAUGGAGAUGACAAGGUCCAAUUAGCUAUUCAAACUUACGAAUUAGUUGACAAGCACAUCAGACGACUGGAUUCAGAUUUGGCAAGAUUUGAGGCAGAGAUACAGGACAAAACAUUAAACAGCAAUAGAGCACAGGAGGAGAGCAAUGCUAGCAAAAAGGGUAGGAAGAAGCUCAAGGAGAAGGAAAAGAGAAAGAAGGGUACGGUAGUUAGCAGUGAGGAUGAGGCCAAGAAUGCAAGAAAGAAACAAAAGAAAGGUGGCUCAGUAGCUUCAGCAUCGUCCACCGGCGCUGUAGGAAGUGGCGCUCAGGUAGAUGCAACAGCACUUGGCCAUCCAGCCGACGUUCUUGACAUGCCUGUCGAUCCUAAUGAACCGACUUACUGUCUUUGUCAUCAAGUAUCAUAUGGAGAAAUGAUUGGUUGUGAUAAUCCAGAUUGCCCUAUAGAAUGGUUCCACUUCGCCUGCGUGGGUUUAACAACAAAACCUAAAGGAAAAUGGUAUUGUCCCAAAUGUACGCAAGAUCGCAAAAAGAAAUAAACCUUGGAAAUGAUUAUCAUCGAUUUGAAGAAAAGAUUAGUGCAAAACUGUUUCAUAUUGAAAGUAAAUCGACUUUUGUAUAAAAGGACGAUAAAAAAUUUGUAAGAGAUGUGUAGAGAGAGAAAGAGAGAGUAGAACUGCAUUUCCAUU